AUGGCAGAGGAGCUUAGAGGCGUGGGACAGCCACAGACUGUUGAUAUGAUCGUGUCCAAAAUCAUCCAAACUCUACCACCAAGUUAUGCUGUGUUCGAGACAAUGUGGAGUGGUCUACCAGUGGCUGAUCAGACCAUGGCCAAUCUCACAGCCAAACUAUCGGAAGAGGAAAGAAAGCUGAAUGAUAGAAGUAACGGUAUUAUAAGUCCCCAAGAUGUGGCUUUCUUUGCCACACACCCGCUUAGACUGAAGUCUGCGGCUGAAAAUGCGUUGGCAACGCGGUCGGACAAUAACAGUAAAGACCAUCGAAUUUUAAUCCCUACUAUCGUGGCGGCAGUAGAGGUAGUGGAAAUAAUGGUAGAGACUAUCGCGACGGCAACAGAGCCGGCAACUCGGGAUGACGAGGGUGUAAAUCCCUCACUAGACCAAGUCAAUGCUCCUGCCGUGACACCAAGCACGAUCAACCGUGAAAUCGGCGUCAUUGAGCCGAACGAUGACCUGGACUGUAGCGAAGAAGACGACACUGAUGAUCAAAUAUCGUUCGUAACGGUCGAAGAAUUAUCUGAAAUUGGACAGAUCGAUGACUGGGUUCUGGGUCAUAGCCCGUCUGGUGUUUUUCAAGAAGCUGACCAUGAUGUGAAUUCUGAAGCCGAACCAAUGGAAGUCGAUGAUCAAGCGCCAGUGUCACCUGGACAUAUUCCUGCACCACCAGCCGUGAAUCCUGUCGAGCUAAUUCAAAGUCUACCUGGGGAGGAGCCACUGUUACUUGGCAGAUGGCGCGAUGGUCGAUCAAGCAGAGCACCUCAAUAUAGUACGAGGUACAAUGAGUACAAAAGAAGUCUGGCGGAUACAGCUAAUAUGGUGCUUCUCGAUGAGUUUCGUACUAACGAAUUAGCUCUCGUUGCCGAGCCAUUUGAGCCUCAGAGUUAUGAUCAAGCAGUAGCGUCUGAUUGUCCUGAAAAGGAAAGUGUUAGAACGGCAAACUACGCCAUCUAG